AUGAUCAAAGAAGCACACCUUUCGGGCAAGGUUGCAAUUGUGACCGGCUCCUCGCGCGGUAUUGGAGCUGGCAUUGCCCUCGAGCUGGCCAAGAAAGGCGCCAGUGUUACCAUUGUAUUCAACUCAUCCAAGAGCGAGGCAGGAGCGAAUCAGGUGGCUUCCCAGAUCAAUCGACUUGAGAACGACAGCCGAGCGAUAGUCGUGCAGGCGAAUUUGCGAGAGGUUGAUGCGCCCGAACGCGUUGUCCAAGCCACACUGGAAGCCUUCGGUCCCACGAUUGACAUCCUUGUCAACAACGCUGGGGUUUUGUUCAGCAAAUCUCUAUACGAAACAACUGCGGAUGACUUCGCAGCCAUCUUCGAUGUCAACGUUCGGGCGCCUUUGCUCAUGAUCAAGGCCGUCGAACCACAUCUUCGUGCUCCCGGAAGGAUCAUCAACCUCUCCUCAGUCGGCGCACGACAAGGGUUCGACUCGCUGGCCAUGUAUUCCGCCUCGAAAUCUGCUAUCGAGGGUCUGACGAGAGCACUGGCGGCCGAGCUUGGGCAUGUGGGCCAUACUGUGAAUGCGGUCGCGCCUGGACCUGUAGUGUCGGAAAUGCUCGACGACGUGCCCCAAGAUAUCGUUGAAAUGCAGCUAAAAACAACUCCGGUCGAACAUCGGCAUGGCACAGUCGAUGAUAUUGCCCAGAUUGUCGCCUGGCUGUCAGACGACAGUGCGCGAUGGGUGUCGGGUCAAACGAUCUCGGCGUCGGGUGGCUAUACAAUGUACUGAGUGUCAAGUAGCAGUAUGGUUUUACGGCGUUUCUUCGAUCUUCCAAACAUCGGAAGAUCGGUUCCCUUGCUCGGGUCUGCCAGGUUCCAGACUAGAGAUGUUUGACGCUGCGGAAGGUACCCGUGCAGACGUGCCGCAACGGGAAUAAUGGAGGUGUAUUAUAAGAAACAUGUGGCCUGCUAGACAUGUCAGAUUUCCUUUCAUGAUUGAUGCCUUUGCCGACAUCCAACACGUGUUUUCCCAUCGGCUUUGUCCAUACUAAAGGCGCUGCGGUUUCCAUCGAAUAUACCUAUGAUAAGUAGUGUUACGUACGCUUGCCGUAGAGGUAGCGGUCACUUCUGCGUUCGUACGCUGUUUGGCUGCGUACAGCAGCUCUCCGAGCC